UAUGGAUCCAACUCUUAAAUAUCCAAAAACUUUAGUUUUAUUAGAUUCUUUCAUUAUAGUAGGAAUUCAGAGAAACAUUAUCCAAAAGGAAGAAGUAGAUCCUUAAAAGGCAUAGAUUGGAAAAACUUUUGAAGAAUAUUAUUCAAUGUAGCUUUAUGAUUAGAUUCCAAAUCGUUUACAUCCUAUGAGAACUCAUUGUUUAUAUUUUGGAUUAUCUGAUGGAUAGGAUUGGUUAGAAAUGAAAUACACUAUAGUUGUGGGGGAAUUGGUAAGUGAAGUUAAGAAAGUACCAGAAGGAAUGGUUAGUAUUUAAGUUCCAGCUCAUCGUUUUUGUCGUUUUGAUUGUGGUCCAGGUCCUAUUCCAGAUAUAGUUAUUGAAGCUUGGUAAUCUUUUUGCAAAAUGAAUCCAUUAGAUUUUGGAGGUGAUCGCACUCAUGAUUAUGAAUUAGAAGUGUAUCCUGAAGAUUAGUUUGACAAGAAUAAUAUGAAAUUUUCAUUAUACAUUGGAAUAUAAUGA